AUGCAUUAUUAUUACUUAGUCAAUCAAGCUGCAGUUACAAAAAGGAACCCAAAGAAAAGACGAUUCUGGAUGAUAAAAAUGCACGCUGAUCAAAUAAAAAACGACGAAGGAAGGAAUUUACUAGCUGACUUGAUUCACGAACCUUCAGGACAGUUUGAUAAUUUCUGUCGGAUGUCGUCUUCCGAUUUUGAAUUUCUACUUCAGAAAAUUGGACCAGCAAUAGCAAAGAAAAAUUCACGUGGGAGACAGGCUAUUCCAAUUAAAGUUCGCUUAGCAGUAACGUUAAGUGCUUCUUCUUGUCGAUACAAUUCCGGAAACUCGAAUACUUGCUCAGUCGAACAGUCGGCAUUCGGAGAGUCCAUGUCAUACGUCCGAUUCGCAAUCGGCAUAGCGCGCACUGAUACAAACAAUGUGGGGACCAGGGAGCGACGUUGGAUCCAAUUUGCACGCCCGCCUACCCCCUUCACUCCCCUCGCCUUUGUUGGUGUAUGGAAAACCGACACAUCACGGGUCGACAUUGGCUAUUGGACGCAAUGUUACGUUUAUGGCCAGUAUCGGGCCAUACCGAUCCACACAUUGGUGUAUUGGAUCCAAGACUAUAAUUUGGAGCCAAUAUAUCCAAUGUGUGGCGCCGGCAUGAAACAAGAAACAUGUUAA